AUGUAUGGAAGUGCUCGUUCCGUGGGCAAGGUGGAGCCCAGCACGCAGAGCCCGGGGCGCUCGCCGCGGCUGCCGCGCUCGCCUCGCCUGGGCCACCGGCGAACCAACAGCACGGGGGGCAGCUCGGGGAGCAGUACUGGGGGUGGCAGUGGCAAAACCCUUUCUAUGGAGAACAUUCAGUCCUUAAACGCUGCCUACGCCACGUCCGGCCCCAUGUACCUGAGCGACCACGAGAACGUGGGCACGGACACCCCGAAGAGCACCAUGACCCUGGGCCGGUCGGGAGGGCGGCUGCCUUACGGCGUUCGCAUGACUGCCAUGGGCAGCAGCCCUAACAUUGCCACCAGCGGAGUUGCCAGCGAUACCAUUGCAUUUGGAGAGCACCACCUGCCCCCAGUGAGCAUGGCAUCCACCGUGCCUCACUCGCUGCGCCAGGCCAGGGACAACACCAUCAUGGACCUGCAGACGCAGCUCAAGGAGGUGCUGAGGGAAAACGAUCUGCUCCGCAAGGACGUGGAGGUGAAGGAAAGCAAGCUGAGUUCCUCCAUGAACAGCAUCAAGACCUUCUGGAGUCCUGAGCUCAAAAAGGAGAGAGCUCUGAGGAAGGAUGAAGCUUCAAAAAUCACCAUUUGGAAGGAACAGUAUAGGGUUUUGCAAGAAGAAAACCAGCAUAUGCAGAUGACUAUCCAGGCUCUCCAAGAUGAGCUGAGGAUCCAGAGGGACCUGAACCAGUUGUUCCAGCAGGACAGCAGCAGCAGGACCAGCGAGCCCUUGGUGGCAGAGCUGACAGAGGAGAACUUCCAGCGGCUGCACGCGGAGCACGAGCGCCAGGCCAAGGAGCUGUUCCUGCUGCGGAAAACCUUGGAGGAGAUGGAACUGCGUAUUGAGACACAGAAACAGACCUUGAAUGCACGUGAUGAGUCCAUCAAAAAGCUGCUGGAGAUGCUGCAGAGUAAAGGUCUGUCAGCAAAAGCCACCGAGGAAGACCACGAGCGGACACGGCGGUUGGCUGAGGCGGAGAUGCACGUGCACCACUUGGAAAGCCUUCUUGAACAGAAGGAAAAAGAAAACAACAUGCUGAGAGAGGAAAUCCAUCGUCGAUUUGAGAACGCUCCCGACACGGCCAAGACAAAGGCUCUCCAAACUGUUAUUGAGAUGAAGGAUUCAAAAAUCUCUUCCAUGGAGCGUGGCCUCCGGGAUUUGGAAGAGGAGAUUCAGAUGCUGAAGUCCAACGGAGCCCUGAGCACGGAGGAGCGGGAGGAGGAGAUGAAGCAAAUGGAGGUGUACCGGAGCCAUUCCAAAUUCAUGAAAAACAAGGUAGAGCAACUGAAGGAAGAGCUAAGUGCCAAAGAGGCUCAAGGGGAGGACCUGAAAAAAAGAGUGGCUGGUCUCCAGACCGAGAUUGGCCAGGUGAAACAGGAGCUGUCGCGCAAGGACACGGAGCUGCUGGCGCUGCAGACCAAGCUGGAGACCCUCACCAAUCAGUUCUCUGACAGCAAGCAGCACAUCGAGGUUCUCAAAGAGUCUCUUACAGCUAAAGAGCAAAGAGCUGCCAUCCUGCAGACAGAGGUGGACGCGCUGCGGUUACGUCUGGAAGAGAAGGAGACCAUGCUGAACAAGAAGACAAAGCAGAUCCAGGAGAUGGCAGAGGAGAAGGGGACUCAAGCAGGAGAGAUCCAUGACCUCAAGGACAUGCUGGAGGUGAAGGAGCGCAAGGUCAACGUUCUUCAGAAGAAGAUCGAGAACCUUCAAGAGCAGUUGCGAGACAAGGAGAAGCAGAUGAGCAGUUUAAAGGAUCGGGUGAAAUCCCUGCAGGCCGACACCACCAACACUGACACUGCCUUGACCACGCUGGAAGAAGCGCUGGCGGAAAAAGAAAAGACCAUUGAGCGUUUAAAGGAGCAGCGUGACAGAGAUGAACGAGAAAAACAGGAAGAGAUCGACAACUACAAGAAAGACAUUAAGGACCUGAAAGAGAGAGUCAGCAUUUUACAAGGAGAUCUCACAGAGAAAGAGACAUCAUUACUGGAUCUUAAGGAGCAUGCUUCAUCAUUAGCUUCAUCAGGACUGAAGAAAGAUUCAAGACUCAAGACACUGGAGAUUGCAUUAGAACAGAAAAAGGAAGAAUGUUUGAAGAUGGAAACACAAUUGAAGAAGGCUCACGAGGCAGCCCUGGAGGCCAGGGCCAGUCCCGAGCUGGGCGAGCGCCUGCAGCAGCUGGAGCGGGAGGUGACGCGCUACCGCGAGGAGUCCAGCAAGGCUCAGGCCGAGGUGGAUAGGCUCCUGGAGAUCCUCAAAGAGAUGGAGAACGAGAAGAAUGACAAGGAUAAGAAGAUAGCAGAGCUGGAAAGGCAAGUUAAAGAUCAAAAUAAGAAAGUAGCAAAUCUGAAGCACAAAGAACAAGUGGAGAAAAAGAAGAGUGCACAGAUGCUGGAGGAGGCCAGAAGACGAGAGGAUAACCUUAAUGACAGCUCCCAACAGCUUCAGGACAAUCUGCGUAAAAAGGAUGAUCGGAUUGAAGAGUUGGAAGAGGCACUCAGAGAAAGUGUUCAGAUAACUGCAGAGCGAGAAAUGGUGCUAGCACAAGAGGAGUCAGCCAGGAUCAAUGCUGAGAAACAGGUAGAGGAGCUGAUGAUGGCUAUGGAGAAGGUCAAGCAGGAGCUGGAGUCAAUGAAAGCAAAAUUGUCCUCUACACAACAGUCUUUGGCUGAGAAGGAAACCCAUUUGACCAACCUACGAGCUGAAAGAAGGAAACAUUUGGAGGAGGUCCUGGAAAUGAAACAAGAAGCCCUUCUUGCUGCCAUUAGUGAAAAAGAUGCCAAUAUUGCUCUGCUAGAACUUUCAUCCUCUAAGAAGAAGACUCAGGAUGAAGUGGCUGCACUGAAACGGGAGAAAGACCGUCUUGUGCAACAGCUCAAGCAGCAGACUCAGAACCGUAUGAAGCUGAUGGCUGACAACUAUGAGGAUGACCACCUCAAAUCCUCAUCCCAUUCCAACCAAACCAACCACAAGCCCUCCCCUGACCAGAUAAUUCAGCCCCUCUUAGAACUUGACCAGAACCGCAGCAAGUUGAAGUUGUACAUCGGCCAUCUGACAGCCCUGUGCCACGAGCGCGACCCCCUGAUCCUGCGUGGGCUCACCCCGCCUGCCUCCUACCACCUGGAUGAUGACCAGGCAGCCUGGGAGAAGGAGCUGCACAAGAUGACCCAGGAGCAGCUGCACAAGGAGCUGGAGAAGGGGGAGAGGGAGAGCGUGGAGCUGCAGGAGUUUGCCAACGCCAUCCUGCAGCAGAUCGCGGAUCACUGCCCCGACAUCCUGGAGCAGGUCGUCAACGCCCUCGAGGAGUCCUCGUGACCUCGGCCACCAGCCCACGGAGCAGCACACCAGUGGCCAAGGCCAGGCAGCCCACGGAGCCAUGAGAGUGGAGAGCAGUGUGAAAGAACAUGGAAUAGAAACU